AUGGUCGCGCCAGCCGUUCCUGAAAUUACCGAGGAGAUUCUCCACGAGUCGAUUGAUGCCCGAACCGAAUCUCUCGCUGGUCUUCGAGAACUCGGCCCUCCCGAUCUUGUGCAUCUCUUGAAGCACGGCGUCCGAAACCCAGCCAAGCAGACUGGCGUUUACCACCAUGUUACCGGCGUUGAUGCAUCUUCAUCAGCUAGCUUAGCAGCGUAUAUCAACACUUUGACAUACAAAGAAUCGGGACCAAAUGCGACAAACAAGAUCGUUGAGGGUGUCUUCUGCUGUUACAAUGCAUUCUCCCGACUUGACAUGCGCGUGCAUGUAUCGAUCCCCGGAACCGUAGAGAGCUACUGUGUCGACGAGCGAGGCGAGAAACGAAAGGCUUCAGAGGACCUCUGGCUAGAGACCUACCUCUGCAGCGUCCUUCGAGCAUACUCAUAUGCCGACGACGGCAGCGGCGAUACGAUUCGAAAGAUCAUGGGUGUUCGAAGAUUUAAUCCUGUUACAAACACUGAAACUGAGCAUCGAUUCCUUCAUGCUGCAGAACAACUCUUCUUCAGGGGAUGGCAAUUGGGAUCCGAUUCUGUGGUCCAGGUGCCCACCAACGUGUCCAACCAUCUGACUACUGGUCUCCUCAAAUACCUCGAAACGACCGGCCGAUAUGCUUCUGGAAUCAACCUGUUUGAGAAGCUGCGAACACAAAGUGUUGAGGUUUCGUCCCUACUAGCAAAGGUCAUGUUCAUGGGUCACGAGGAGGUUGCUGGUGUCAGAACUCUUCACCAGUCUUUGCAAGAGACUCCUAUGGAUUAUGUUAUGCUCGACACCCAAGCCGAAUUUCUCCUACACAAGGCCAAGGGUGCAUCUACUCCUGAGCUCAAGGAGGAGAGACUGAAAAUGUCCCUGGGCUGUGCGGAUCGAGCGACAGUUGCCGCCCCUACCGAAUUCAGCACUUGGGCCAGACUGGCUCAGGUCUAUGUGACCAUGGAGGAUUGGGACAAUGCGCUCACAAUCCUCAACUCAUGCCCUAUGUUCACUUACCAAGACAAAGAUACCCCUAUGAUGCCAGAGCCAAAGGAAGUCAUUCUACCAACCCUUCCUGAAACUCGCCUUGAUGAAAUCGACAGCGAGCCUGAGUCGAGAUACUCGGAGCAGGUUGACCCUAGCUUGCUCAACCUGCGAGCAGCAUCCUACAGAGGCACCUUCAAGAAGGCUUACGAUAUUCUGACCGAGAUGACUGCAAAGAUUGGUUGGGAUCAACUCUUGAAAAUUCGCAGCAAUGUAUUUGUUAUGGAGGACGAGUACCGCACAGAGAAGCAGGAGUCUACCCAUCCAAAUGCCUCGAAACGAACCCCAAGCACCGAUGGUCUGCGAGGCACACCAGAUCAAACCGUCACCGGGGACGAGGAGACAGAGGGUCAAAACUCAGAGAAGCCUGCUGAUGAAGCUUCUGAAGCGGAGACCAACUCUGACGCUCCCGCCACCAAUGGUGAUGGUGAACAGAAGAUUGAGAAGCCAGCAACCGUCGUCGACCCAGGCGAGACAAAGCCUGAUGCCGAGACCACCAAGAACGACGAACAUCUGUCCAAGCUCAACACCAAGCGUCUUUGUGAGCGCUGGCUGGAUAGCCUCUUCAUGGUUCUCUACGAGGAUCUACGGGUUUAUACAAUCUGGCGUACCCAAAUGGCUCAAUACCGCGCCCAGCAGAUGCAGUACAAGAAGUCUGCAGAGGAGUGGGAGAUCCUGGGCUCUCUUGCCGAGCGUCUCCAGCACAUGGACGAAGCCGUCGAGGCGUACCGCGCAUGCCUUUCCAUCCGCUUCAGCCCUAAGGCCCUGGCGGGCAUUCUGCGUGUCUUCGAGAAGACUAAGAGCACAAGAGAGACCGUGGCAUCCGUCAUCCGAUUAGUUACAUGGCAGUACCGAUGGUACAGCGAGUUCAGUCCUGAGCUGUUGCACACAAUACGGACUCUGAUCGAGGACGAGGGAGCAGUCAAGGUCCGAAGCAUUAUCCAGGCGACAAGCUUGCCUCAGAACGUCCUGGACCUGACGCAUCACUAUGCUGCGCUGUGCGCGACAUUCAGAAGCAGCGGUACCGAUGGCUAG